CGCUGGCGACACUCAUCUGCAGAUACAUUUACAGAAGGAUGUUUCUACAUAUUUAUUGGAUUCAUUGCGGCAAAGCACCGGACGUUGUGAAAAUCAUCAGUAGUGUAAGACGGCACCUACAAGGUAGUGAAUCCCAGGAAGAUUUUGCCGAUCGUAUUUCUGCCCGAAGUUGGUUAAUACAGUUCACGAUGCACGAGAAAAUAUUAUUUGUGCUAGACGACGUUUGGAAUCCAGAUGAUGCCAGCGUUUUUACUGCAAUUUCUAAAGACUGUUUGCUGCUUAUAACAACUCGCGACCGAGCUGUUAUCAACAUGCUUAACGUUUGAAUAUAUACUCUUGAUCAUUUAGAUGUUGAAAAUGCUUGGCAGUUGUUCCUCAAAUGUGCAAAUGUGACAGAAAAGCUCUUAAAUGACCACAAAAUAACAAAGGAAGCCAACGCCAUACACAGUUAUCUAGGAGGAUAUCCUCUGGCGAUUGCUUUAGUUGCCUCGUCGCUCAGGCAAGGUGCCACGUCGGUUUCGCAGCCAUUUUCUUCUCAGAGGUGGAGGGACAUGGCAGCAUCCUUGAAAGAGAAAGACAAAUUGUGGAUGGAAUCCAGACGUCUGCCGAUAGACAGUUAUCCUGAAACUUUUGUAGGCGCCUUUGAGGCAACUUUUGCCUGUUUGCGAGACGCCGGCGAUACAAACAAGCCGUACAGCAUGCUGCAAGAAAUACUUCUUAAGGUGUCGUUGUUCAAAAAAGAUGCCUUAAUUCAAUCGUCAACAUUAGCUAUCCUAUGCAGCUACAUGCAAGAUAAAUCCAACGCUGAAAAGCAAGAUAAAGUUGCAAGACAUGUCCGUGAAUGUCUGUUCACACUGGCAGAUAAAUCUCUGCUCAGAUUUAAGCUUGAAGAUGAAGAUGGAGACUGUUAUUUCCGAAUACACGACCUGGUACUGCAGUACAUUCAGAAUAAGACUGAGACUUUGUGGGGACCGGAUGGGAUCCGUCGGAUGCACACGGCCCUCCUGGCGGCAUACGUCGCAGCUGCAGAAGGCACAAUCGGGUUGCAGCACAUUGAAAAGUUACGGCUGGAAGAACCGGCAGCAGGGUGCUCGGCUGAGAAAGACCGCUCGGAUUCAGGGUUCCAGGAUGAUUUGGAGCGUUCAGUUCAGAGGCACAGUCCCUGCAAAGAUCGUCCCACGAUUAGCGGAUCAAACACAAACAGUGGCAAAGAUCAAUUGGGUUGCAGUAGCUGCUAUGAGAAUGACCAAGCUAUUGUACUGAGUUAUCCUUGGUGGAACCUGGAUUUUUCAGGUGACAAAUAUGUGUACACCAAUUUCAUUCAUCACUGCACAGCUAUGGGAGAAGAGUUCGAGUCAUUUUACAUAGGACUCCUGUGUUCAUUCCGCUGGCUUCAAGCCAAAUUGAAUAAAACAUCUUUGUCAGAAAUACUUUCUGACUUCGAACGUCCUCAAUUCAGCCCCUUGCAUGAUGCCAUCAACAAAGCUUUACUUCUCCACGCUCCAGCCAUCAUCCGCGAUAAGAAGCAACUAGGCCCCGUGUUCCUGGGCUCCCUUAGUAAUUUAGAAAUAAUUGGGAUUUCUGAUUUUCUUAAAGAUGUUAGAAACCAACUUUUUGAGGAUGCCGAUUCAUGUUUUUUACCUGACCGUGCGUGUAUUUCCCCACCCUAUGGGCAUGUUGUUAAAACGUACAGCGCACACAAUAGCACAGCUGUUUUAGGGUUAGGAGUGUUAAAGGAUUCAUCGAUCGUUACGACAUCUGGGGACGGAUUUGUACGGCUCAUCGAUCCAAUAACAGGAGGAGAGACUUGCCUCGGAUCAGAUCUCACAAAGCACAAUGAUUUGGUUACUUGUUUUGGUGUCAACAGUAGCGAAACCCUCGUCGUGACAGCCGCUUGUGACAGUGUUGUCAAGCUAUGGGAUUUAAAGGGGAAAUGCCUCCGUGAAACGUUCUCCAAUAUUCACAACAGGCAGAUAUUCUCGUUAGUAUUAUCGGCGGAUGGCGAAUCGGGACUCACAGUCUCCGGAGAUAAAACUAUAAAAUUGUGGUAUUUAAAUGACGGGAGUGUUCAGUUCACGUAUGCUGCCCACACCGAUGUAGUCGCAUGCGCAUGUUUUACCAAUUUAUCUGAAAAGGAGACAUUUUUUGCUUCUUGCUCUUAUGAUAAAACUGUCUACUUGUGGCGAAAAAACAGACCGGAGUGCCCAGUUACAUCUUGUAAUCCAAAGUUGGGAGUUCUUUAUACUUUAUUUUUCAGCAGAUAUCAACGUCAGCUUUAUGUUGGCGGGAAGACGGGAAUCGGUGUUUUAAAUUUCCCUUCGUUGGAAGUACGGCGAAUCUUGAAAGGGCACGAGGGCGGUACAUUUGCUUUGUGUCUUGCACGUUACGAAUCGCACUCCUUAUUGUUGUCCGGUGGAGAUGAUGGAUGGGUCAAAUUUUGGGACGUGAACGACGACCAUUCACUGGUAUUUCAGGCUCAGAUCCAUUCUGCUGCAGUACGGGGGAUCCAAUGUGCCUUCCAAGAGAACACGAUGACUAUUUACACGGCAUCGGUCGACCAAUCAGUAAAACAGUCGUGCUUUUCUCUUUCCAGUCUAGAUAAUUCUUCGACACAAAGUCACAUGCCAAACCACGAGGGACCGGUGUCGGCAAUGACGUCAGCAUCUAAUGAAAGAUAUGCCAUUUCUGUUUCCUGGGACAGGCAGGUGAUAUUAUGGGAUUCAUCAAAUGGAACAGCCGUCAAAGUUAUAGGGAGGCAUGACGAUGGGGACAGAAUAACAACUGUUUCAAGUCAUGGAAACCGCUGUUUCACUGGAUCCCAAACUGGAACCUUGCACAUUUGGAACUUGGAGGACGAAAGCCAAAACGCAGCGUUCUCAUAUGUGCAUCCAGCUGCUAUAGGAACUUUAGCGGCUUUAGAAGGCCACCCCCUUAUCGUUGGACUCUGUAACGGGGACAUUUAUGUGUGGGAUAUUCAAAGGCCAACACAAACAGCCAUUUUGCGUGUGAUAAGAACAUCACAAUUCGGAGUAAGACAUUUGCGAGUGACGCCAGAAUGCUCCAUAUCGGCGUUAUGUGACGACGCAAUUACAACUUUGUCAUAUGAAAGGGAUUACCAGGAGCAACAACAGCAUGAGAUAGUGACUGUCAAAAUCAAAAACAUGCCGCCCUUCCCAGUAGUACCCCUUCCAAAGUUUAAACAAAUCAUUAUAGGUUUUGACGAGGACAGCCGUUUGAGAACCCUCAUACUGGAAAUCGAAAGAAAUUCCAAAAUAAAUUCUGGCCUUCCAAAGGUUGAAAUCGCCACUGCUCUCGCGAUCUCAGAGGAUCAAGAACACCUGGUGUGCGGAAGUGACAAUGGCAGUGUUACCAUAGUGACGAGACACGGGAAAACAUUAUCGACUUUGCCAAGUGUUACCGGUGAAGUGAAAUGUAUAGAAUUGCUGCCAAAUGCCACAUCUGUGUUGGUGUUAACGUCAGAGGGCGAUUUCGUAGAAUACGCACAAGGUAAAGAUGGAGAAGCGUUUCCAUAUUGUUUACAGUGGACACGCACAAGAUGGCACAUCGGCGCAUUUCAUAUAGACCGCGUGAAAGCGGUAUCAGAGAAUCUCAUUGCAUUUGUGAUGCAUGGCGACAAUUUAGUUCAGCUUUGGGACUUGACAUCUAAAGCCCUGGUCUUGAAAUUAAGUGCCCCCAGUGCCACAAAGAGUAUCUUAGCUCUUCAAAAUGGAACCUUAUUGACCGGGUCUAGUGAUGGUCGAGUUUGUAUUUGGAACUUGAAAGACAAUGGAAAGGCACUGAAGCCUAGAAUACGUGCCAAUGCCUGUCACGCCCCAUUCGGUGUAGAGCACUUGUGCCGUACUCCGGAUCAAACAUUAUUUCUUACGGCGUCAUCAGACAACAAAAUUGGUGUUCACGAAACUGUGAAUGGGAAUUUAGUCAGGGUAAUUUCCACACAGCAACAUUACGGCAUGCGAUGCAUAUCAGUGUCGUCAGACGGCAAGUUCGUCAUGUGUUGCCACAAAGACAUUUUUGCUCAGAUGAUCGACUUGACAACGGAUAUACCGUCAAAGCAGAUGCUGACGUACAACACCGCGUGGAGUCGACCGCGUUCGUGUUCAGGCUCGCGUGUCUUCACAGAGGGGCCAAAAUGUACAAUUAAUAUAGCAGACAUUAACAGUGGGGAUUCCAUGAACCUCUUAGGAGAACAAACACAAAGUAAGCAAUACGCAUAUGCUCAUACCCGUGCUGUGACGGCUAUAGUGCCAUAUGGCGACAAUCAUAUUAUCACAGGGUCCUACGAUAAAUCUAUAAUUUUAUGGUUAGUGCCAAAACACAACAUUAAAGAAUCUCAUUCACUAUGCCAAUUUUAUUUUGAACACAUAGUCAUCUGUUUGCUUGUGAUUGGACGCAAACUUUGCGUCGGUCUGAAAAAUGGGACCGUUAACUUUUUAAAUGUUCAAAUUAACAAGAAAAAAGUUUCUUGUGAAAGUGCCAGUAUAAGAAAAUAAGUGAUAGAUUUUUAUAUUGUAAAAGUAGAUAGGGUAUACAGCGCUGGAACGCAGAUACAGAUUUUUAAUCGGUUAAUUUCAGUGCGAGAUGUUUACAUAUUUUAAUAUUGCUC